AUGCAGAGGGCCGAGGCCUACUCCAAGGCCGGCGCCGACGCCAUCCUGUGCCACUCCAAGCGCUCGGACUCGUCCGAGAUCCAGGCCUUCAUGAAGGCCUGGAAGGAGCGCGGCAACAAGACCCCGGUCGUGAUCGUGCCCACCAAGUACUACACCACGCCCUCCAAGGACUUCCAGGACUGGGGCGUGUCCCUCGUCAUCUGGGCCAAUCACAACCUCAGGGCGAGCGUGGCGGCCAUGCAGCAGACGUGCAAGCAGAUCUACGCCGAUCAGAGCCUCAUCAACGUUGAGGGCAAGAUCGCGCCCGUCAACGAGGUCUUCCGCCUCCAGAACAACGCCGAGCUCAAGGAGGCCGAGAAGAAGUAUCUGCCCAAGAAGGACAAGAAGAACUGA